UGCUGGGUUGGAUCGCGCGCAGGUUGAUGGUUUGCUGAGCGUGUAAUUGGGCAUCGGCCAGAGAAAGCCCCACCAAGCCUUUUCCGCAUGCCGACAACUCCACGGGACUAUGUGCCUCAAGCGACAGGAUGUCUCUCUUAGAUCUGCCCGGGGAGCUCAUCUUUCAGAUUGCGGGCUAUCUCGAGGAAUCAGACUUGAAUAGCUUCCUCCGGACAAACAGGACCGCGGCUGAAAUGCUAACACCAACGCUCUACGACAAGGGCUUUGCAACUGAACAUGGUUUUCGAUCGGAAGUGCUGGGUCACCUCCUCAACGCCGAUGAGGUGGCGGUUGCCAUGAAGUUCUACGGCAUCCUUCUAGCUAAAAUGACCUAUCCGCCCGCCGUGGAUUCUGAGCAACGCGGCGCCCAGGCAAAACCAUUCUGCAUCUCUCGUUUUCGCGCACUUCCCUGCCUCCGCGCCUGGAAGUCACUCUACAUUACCGAUUACUUUGCUAACCAUCUUUCGAAAUUCAAGAUUAACUCCUCUGCCAAUGACCAACGUCUUACCCUUCUACACAUUGUCUCCGAAAGCGGCAACGACACCAUCGCACGCACCCUCAUCGACAGCGGUGCCAACGUCAACGCAACGGACUACUACGGUCGCCGCCCGAUCCACCUGGCGUGCUGCGAAGGGAGAACAGAAGUAAUAAAGCUCCUACUUGAUUCGGGUGCCGAUAUCAUGGCCCAAGACAAUUUCGGCCUCACUCCGUUUGCGUAUGCCGCUCGAGUAGAUAACGCCGCUGCAUUGGAACUCGUGAUUGGGCGAGUCAGACUAGUCAACGGAGAUCUAUUCCUGCCCAAGACUGACGGCGCCACUCCACUUCACACUGCAGCCACAGAUGGCAGAGUGGACAAAGUUCGAUAUCUUAUUGAGUUAGGAGCGAACUCAUGCGCCGUUGACCGGCUUGGUCGGCCUCCCUUGGAGCAAGCAAUUGCACGAGGCAAAUUGGGCGCUGUUAAAAUACUGGUAGAGGACAUGAUGAGGCUGGGGUGGGAUGUAUCAAGCUUAUAUGCUGGGAGGACAGCACUACAUGAUGCUGUAUGGGUGAAAAAUAGAGAUAUGAUCGGGUUCUUGGUUCAGAAAGGGGCGAAUGCAAACAAACGUGAUGGGCUGGGGCAGUCAGCAAUAAAUCUUGCAGAAGAGUUGGGCGUGCCAUUAAAAUGGUUUCGGUGUCCAGGCACUUAGGAGAUUAUCUUGGAUGGUUAAGAGUGGUUACCUGCCAGUAAAAUGGGAAUAUUUAAUGCGGAUGUUGUUAUUCCAUUUUCGUUUUAAGUCUGUGAGGACGAUACGAGUGUUCUAUGAAGGAAGCAAAAAAAACCCCUAGUCUAGCUGAAUAUCCACACCCAUGUUCAAACAACCUAA